UUGGUAACUCAAGUAAUCUCAUCUGAAAUGUUGUCCUAAACCCUUUGAUGGAUUUUGUAAAUCUUUCCACAGGUUAAAAACGAGAAGGAAUUUGUCGCCGGGAAUCUCAAACACAACACGCUAGUUUUGCUGUCUCUGUCUGGAUAUUUAAGAAGUGGAGCAAGGGAUUCACUCCAUCAUCCUUCCUGCUCAGACUGUGGGGAGGGAUUCACUCGAUCAUCCUUCCUGCUCAGACUAUGGGGAGGGAUUCACUCGACCAUCCUUCCUGCUCAGACUGUGGGGAGGGAUUCACUCGGUCAUCCUUCCUGCUCAGACUGUGGGGAGGGAUUCAAUUGAUCAUUUGACCAAAUAGCAAGCCAGUCAUUUUACACAGAAGAAAGGCUGUUCACCUGCUCAGACAGUGGGAAUAGAUUCACUCGGUUAUCACAAUUGAAUGUACAUCAGCAAGUUCACACUGGGCAAGGCCAUUCAUCUGUUCUGUGUGUGAGAAAGGAUUCAGUUGGACCUGUGGACACAUCAGUCAGUUCACACCACACUGGGCAGAAGCUGGUGAUCUGUUGAAUUUCUGAGAAAGGAUUCACUCAGUCAUUUGACCUAAUGGCUCACCAGCAAGUUCACACUGGGGAGAAGCCGUUCACCUGUUCAGUCUGUGAGAAGAGAUUCACUCAGUCAUCCCAACUACAGAGACAUCAGCGAGUUCACACUGGGGAGAAGCCAUUCACGUGCUCAGAAUGUGGGAAAGGAUUCAGUGAGUUAUUUAGCCUACUUAGACAUCAGCGAGUUCACACUGGGGAGAAGCCGUUCACCUGCUCAGAAUGUGAGAAGAGAUUCACUCAGUCAUCCCAACUACAGAGACAUCAGCGAGUUCACACUGGGGAGAAGCCAUUCACGUGCUCAGAAUGUGGGAAAGGAUUCAGUGAGUUAUCCAACCUACAGAGUCAUCUGCGAGUUCACACUGGGGAGAGGCCGUUCACCUGCUCAGAAUGUGGGAAGGGAUUCACACUGUCAUCCCACCUACUGGUACAUCAGCGUGUUCACACUGGGGAGAAGCCGUUCACCUGCUCAGUCUGUGGGGAGGGAUUCACUCAGUCAUCCCACCUACGGAGUCACCAGCAAGUUCACACUGGGGAGAAGCCAUUCACCUGCUCAGUCUGUGGGAAGGGAUUCACUUACUCAUCCCACCUACAGAGUCAUCAGCGAGUUCACACUGGAGAGAGGCCGUUCACCUGCUCAGUCUGUGGGAAGAGAUUCACUGAUCCAUCCAACCUACAGAGUCAUCAGCGAGUUCACACUGGGGAGAAGCCGUUCAGCUGCUUAGUUUGUGGGAAGAGAUUCACUCGCUCAUCCAGAUUACUGGAACAUCAGCGAGUUCACACUGGAGAGAGGCCAUUCACCUGCUCAGACUGUGGGAGGGGAUUCACUCAUUUAUCCAGCCUACAGAAUCAUCAGCGAGUUCACACUGGGAGAAGCCAUUCAUCUGCUUAGUCUGUGGGAAGAGAUUCACUUGCUCAUCCAGAUUACUGGAACAUCAGCGAGUUCACACUGGAGAGAGGCCAUUCACCUGCUCAGAAUGUGGGAAGAGAUUCACUCGCUCUUCCACACUACAGAGACAUCAGCGAGUUCACACUGGAGAGGAGCCAUUUACCUGCUGAGAAUGUGGGAAAGGAUUCACUCAGUCAUUCCAACUACUGGCACACCAGUCAGUUGUUAUGAAUCCCUAGGUUUUGUUUGCUGUGGACUGUCAUUUUAAGAGAGAGAGAGAGAGAUUAGGAAGGUGAAUCAGUCUGACUUGCAGCUUGUUUACAUCACUCCCAGCUUGUUCAGUUUUAACUGAGGACACAGACGCUCAGAGUCAGACGGAGAUGAAUGAGGAAAAAUGGAAGGAUCGAAACAAGGGAAAUAGGUGCCAAGGGUCACUGUUUGGAAUUUUCCUAUGCCCACAAGUGUGGGUUAAUUAUCGAUUCAUUGUACAUCGAAUGUGUGGUUGUCACCUCGUUUGAUCCAUAGGAGUGGAUCUGAUUUGGGGUAUCCUGUGAAGACCACUGAUGUGUUACCCCUUGCCUGGGUGUGGUGUGGUAAUUCACUUGAAGACGAUAUGCCUUGUGACAAGUCACUUUGGGUGAUAAUUAGUAUGUGGAUUUGGAAGGAUGACAGAUAAAAUCUACAGUGACUGUUCUCUUGUUUUACCACCAUGGAACCUGCGGAAUUCGACAUAAUUGCCUUCUAUCGACAUUUACCCUGGAUUACAAAUAUCUCUCUCAUCAGAUAUUCCGUGGUUGAACUGAACUUUCAUAAUUUACCAUCUGAAGACUCCAAGCCUUGUUUCCCCCUAGCUCAAUAGUUUCGGAUUUAUAUUUACACACAUAUAUACACAUAACACUGUUAACUUUUGUUUAUCUUGCUUAAGUUACUAUAUUAUAAGUAGAUUCUAAUAAAGAUAGUUUUACGAUCAAAAACAGACUCCUGGUGUAGUCUCCACGAGGAAAUCUGCAGAUGCUGGAAAUUCAAACACAUACAAAAUGCUGGUGGAACACAGCAGG